GAAUUCCACGCAAAUAGUGACUCUACAAGUUUAGUGAGGAAUGACCUUCCAUUUGAAGUAAAUGCUCGCUAUCUACGACUCUAUCCCACGGACUGUCAUGAUUACUGCAGUCUUCGCUUUGAUGUCCUUGGCUGUGAAGUGACGUCAUUGUCCACAGCGGUGAUGUCAACAACCACAAUGAGAACAACAGCAGGCGUGAAGACAGCAACUGAAAUAUCCACAACUACAUCGACCGAUACGAGGUCAACCACCUGGACACAAGUUCCUACAACGACAUCGGAACAAAUGUCUACAAUGACAUCGACACAAAAUUUAAUGUCUACAACGACAGCUUCAAAUACAAUCGUGUCUCCUUGUCCAUGUACAUGUGUCAAAAAACAUAACACCACAUUAACGGAAUCAGAACUCCUCGCCAGAUUAGCUGUUAUCGUGCAGAAUUUAACAAUUUCUAAGAAAACAACAUCUAUCUACAGAAGAAGUAAAAUUUCUGCGCAAGAUAACAGACCACAAGCAUUGUAUGUGGGAUCUGUAGGGAUAGCUAUUUUGUUCAUUGUGGCUAAUUUAAUUGUAUUACCAGACCUGCUUAAAUUAUUUCAUUAUUUGUAUGUUACACAUCGUAAUAAAAUUUGA